GCAACCAGAUAAAUUGGUAGUGGUUUGGACAAGAAGAAGCCGAAGGAAAUCUUCUAAGGCUCAUAGUUGGCAACCAGGAAUAAAGAAUCCCUACCGUGGGGUAGUAGUGUGGCCUGUUCCUGAAAACAUUGAAAUCACUGUGACACUUUUUAAGGAUCCCCACGCAGAGGAAUUUGAAGACAAAGAGUGGACAUUUGUUAUAGAAAAUGAAUCUCCUUCUGGACGGCGGAAAGCUCUUGCUACCAGCAAUAUCAACAUGAAGCAAUAUGCGAGCCCCAUGCCGACUCAGACGGAUGUCAAGUUAAAAUUCAAGCCUUUGUCUAAGAAAGUCCUCUCAGCCACCCUGCAGUUCUCUUUAUCGUGUAUUUUCCUGAGAGAAGGAAAAGCCACAGAUGAAGAUAUGCAGAGCCUGGCAAGUCUAAUGAGUAUGAAGCAGGCAGAUAUUGGAAAUUUAGAUGACUUUGAGGAAGAUAAUGAAGAUGAUGAAGAAAACAGAGUAAACCAGGAAGAAAAGGCUGCAAAAAUUACAGAGCUUAUCAACAAGCUUAGUUUCCUGGAUGAAGAGGAGCAAGAUUUGGCAAAUUCAAGAUCAAAUCCAUUUGUAGAUUCUGAUCGAUCAGAGCUGAACCCUUUUGGAGACCCUGAUAUGGAAGAACCAGAUAUUAAGGUGAUUCCAUCAUCUAAACAAGAGCAGUACUAUGAUGACGGCGAUGAAUACAACCCCUUUCAAGAAAAGAGUGUGGAGUAUAUGAACCCUUUUGAUGAGCCAGACCCUGAACCUGAGGUCCUGCUACCUGUCAGAGACUCUCCUCCUCAGCCUAACAGAAGGAAAAAUGUCCGGCCCGUGGAUAUGAGCAAAUACCUUUACGCUGAUGCAUCAAGAACAGAUGAAGAGGAGUUAGAUGAAUCCAAUCCCUUUUAUGAACCCAAAGCAAGUUCUGCUUUAAAUGAUCAAGUUACUUCCGUGCAAGAAACAGAAAGGAAGAUGAAAAGAAAAGCUCCGGAACCACCAAUUCUCUCACCAAAGGUAGAAAGAGAAGCAAGUGAGAACAUGUCAGCUAUUCAUGCAGUGAAAGAGCUUUCCUCUUCUCCUAAGGUGUGUACGACCUUGUCACCAAUCUUUGCUAAAAGUUGAAAUCCCUCUUCUUCUGUUGGACGUGUUGGCAACCUUCUCGGUUAAUACAUACGAUCUUGGCUAUACAUCCUCCACUUAUCGUCAUUUAUUUCGUUCCGAAUGGGCAGAACCAAGAGGUUGAAAUCUGAUGCAGUGACACAACCAAAGAAAUUUCUAGACAGGAGGGCUGGUCUCCAAAUCGUUGCACUGUUUUUUUCAAGCAGGGUGCAAACUGUAGCUGUGCAUUCAGAGAGCUAUGUUGCAGACUUCUUUAGGACUGAAGUAAUACUACUCAGAACAGUAUUGCCACUUUUAGCACUUUCCACUCACCUCCCACAGUAUGUUUAGUCCCCCCAAAAUAGGCACAAAAUGUACUGAAAUUGGGAUUUUAUUCAAUUACAAGUCUUGAAAAC